AUGUCGGGGAUACCCGGCCAGCUACGUCUGCGUGACAGCCAUUCAAUCCUCGCAGAACCACUUCCUGAUCUCCUUACCCGAGAAGGUUAUCGAACAACAAGUUCCGCUUGGCACAAGGAGUACUACAUAGGACCGAUAAAGAUUUGGGAUCUUGAAGAGGAGGUACGUCGCUGGACAUCUUCGGAGUAUCUGAAUAAGGGCACUUUAUCCGUUGAUCUCGAUAGAGUGUCAGAACAACCUGGUUACAUUCAUCAAGAGCACUACCUUUGCGGAGACGAACAAUCUGUGUGCGGGCGCUUUGCCCAAAACGCCCUUGGCCCUGUAAGCGCAGUCGCGUUUCAUAACGGCAUUAAAUACCGUUUUGGAGACUGCAAGGUGUGUUUAGAGAGCCAGAGUUCGGGCAACGACAGGUUUCUUCCUGAUCAUGUCGCGGUCAAAUGCUCAGCCGCAAACAUUAACGAGCUGCGCGCUCUCCCAAAAUCUUCUAAACCGAACAUAGUCCUUGUUGGAGAGGCAAAGACCCCCUGGAAGCAUGACCUUCAGGAUUAUAUGGAUAAUUUUAUGAGGGAGAAUCAGAUGGGCCUUCGGCUAGCUUUGGGCCAAAUUGCCUCUUAUAUGCAUCGCUUUAAAAUGCUAUACGGGUUCCUCACAACCUACAAUGAAACCAUAUUCCUUAGGCAAGCCCUAAAGGGAGGAGUGCCGCGGUUAUAUGUUUCACAGCCUAUCAUGAACACUAGCUCUGGAGUUGGCAACAACAACGAUGUGUCGGUUCGGCAAUGCCUUUACUACCUUCUCGCCGUCAUUGAUAACAGUGGGAAAUACACAUUUGAGAACAAGCUUGCCCCAUCGUGUUCCGUCGCCAAAUCUAGUGUUUCAGUUGACUCCCAGGGGAAGAGAAUCAAUUCCUCAUACGGGUCCAUUAACCCUAGUGAAAAAUAA